UUGUAGAAUGGAAGAGGAAUUGACUGCUCCCUCCACUUCUGCAGACAAAACUGAUAGUAUGGAUGUGGAUGGAGAAGCCAAGAAACUACUGGGCUUAGGACAGAAACACUUGGUAUUGGGAGAUAUUCCAGCGGCUGUUAAUGCAUUCCAGGAAGCUGCUAGUAUAUUGGGUAAAAAGUAUGGUGAGACAGCAGAUGAGUGUGCAGAAGCUUUUUUUUACUAUGGAAAGUCUCUCCUGGAGUUAGCAAGAAUGGAGAAUGGUGUUUUGGGAAAUGCCUUGGAAGGAGUGCAGGUGGAAGAAGAGGAAGAAAAAGCAGAAGAUGACUCAAUGGUAGAAAAUGCUGAUAACGUAGAUGAAACAGAAGGAUCAGAUGAGGAAGAUAAAGAAAAUGACAAAACUGAAGACGAUAAAGAAAAUGACUCCACCAUUGAAGAGAAGUCGUUUCAGGAGAGUGAAGAGGAUGAAGUUGGAAAUCUGGAGCUAGCCUGGGAUAUGCUGGAGUUGGCAAAAGUGAUCUAUAAAAGACAGGAAACAAAAGAAGCUCAGCUCCAUGCUGCUCAGGCUCACCUAAAACUAGGAGAAGUGAGCAUCGAAUCUGAAAACUAUGCACAAGCUAUAGAAGAGUUUCAGGCAUGCCUAGCCUUGCAGCAGAAGUAUUUAGACUCUCAUGACCGCUUGUUAGCAGAGUCACACUACCAAUUGGCACUGGCAUAUCACUACAACAGCCAGUUUGAUGAAGCAAUUCUGCAGUUCAGUAAAUCUCUUGAAGUCAUUGACAAAAGAAUGAUGAUGCUGACUGAACGAAUAAAGAAAACAGAUGGAGGAGCUACUGAGGACGAGAAGGAGAUCGAAGAAUUAAAGGGGCUACUUCCUGAAAUUAAAGAAAAGAUAGAAGAUUCAAAGGAGUCUCAGAAGAGUGCAAGAGUAGCUGAACUGGCUUUGAAAGCAACUCUGGUUGGAGGCACUACCUCUGGUUUUACACAGAGUGAAGAAAGCUGUUCUGUUUCUACAGUCUCAGUAAGAAAACCAACUGAUGGAGCGUCCCAGUGUGUUACAGACAUCUCCCAUCUUGUCAGAAAAAAGAGGAAACCAGAGGAGGAGACUCAACAGGGAGACAAUGAAGCUAAGAAAUGUAAACCAGAACCGUCUGUCAAUGGUGGUGGAGAUGCUGCCCCCAGUGGAAAUGAGGUUGCAGAAAAAGUGGAAGAAGAGACAGAGAAAAGGCCACAAAUGGAAUCAGGGGCUGCAGUUGAAAAUACAGUAUGAUAGGUCUUUAACAUGGACCCCUCCUCUCCUCCCAAGGAGAAUGGUUUUGUAUAUAGUGUAUUUUUUCACUUUGACAACUUUUGUAUGACUUCAAUAAAGAUUGUAAGCAAAU